AUGGCGUCAGUAUUGGAGGACGUCCAUCCGAUGUUCGAGCUAGGCGGGCGCAGUUACAUUGUAACAGGCGGGGCUCAAGGCAUUGGAUUUGCCGUAACGCGUGCCAUCUGCGAGUAUGGCGCUAAUGUCGUCGUGCUGGACAUCCAAGAGAAGCCGGUCGAGGAGUUCUAUACCCUCAGUGUCAAGUACGGCGUGAAGGCGACAUAUAUACAAUCAGAUAUGCGUCAAGAGGAUAGCUUGAGCAUUGGAGUUGCAAAAGCUAUUUCAGUGCUCGGGACUGUAGACGGAAUCAUACCAGCAGCAGGAAUUGCCAUCGACAAACCCUUCGUUGAGCAAACUUGGGAUGAAUUCACACGCAUUCAAGAGAUCAAUGUCCGCGGAACCUUUUUUGCUACCCAGCAAGUUGUAAAGCAGUUGCUCAAGCAAGGUACUGGAGGGAGCAUAGUUCUAAUUGCUUCGCAAUCAGCACAUAUCGCUUUGCCAGGCUAUCGCAUGGCGGCAUAUAAUGCGUCUAAAGGAGGGAUCUUUGUGUUAGCCAAGGCACUCGCAGUAGAGCUGGCCCCGCAUAGUAUCCGGGUCAACACUAUCUCUCCCGGAUUUGUGGACUCGGACAUGACGAGAAAUGUGCGGGCAUCCAAGUCCAAGCGCGAAGGAGAGCAGAUGUGGCUCGCACCCCCGUUGCAGCGACUGAGCACGCAAAAUGACCUUACUGGCGCGGUCAUAUACUUGCUGAGCGACGCUUCGAGGCAUACCACCGCUGCCGACAUUCCGAUCACAGGCGGUCUUCAUGCCGGGACUAUUGAUGGGCUGAUUUGCUACGAGUGA